UACCAUGAAAAAUUAUAUGUUAAUCUGAGACCAAUGAAAUGAAAUUUCACUACUGUAUUUAUAUGCAGAAAAUCCCAAGCAGUACGUGCUAUAAGAUAAGAGUUAAUAAAGAGCGACGAAACAGAUGUAGAACUUGAUUACCAAGCAUGUCAACGCCUCAAAAGCUUUCAAUUUGUGUUUUCCAUCUUCUCUUCCUUUCCUUACUUCCUUUGAAGACUACCUCUUCACCAAGAACACAAGCGGAAGCCCUGAUUCAAUGGAAAAAUAGCUUGCUUUUCUCUCCACCUUCUCUCAAUUCUUGGUCCCUGGCAAAUAUCAACAGCCUCUGCAACUGGACUUCCCUUGUUUGUGAUAGCACUGGCAUGGUCUCUGAAGUAAACCUCUUCAGUUCAAACAUCACUGGAACGCUCACCCAAUUCAAUUUCACACAAUUUGCCAAUCUCACACGCUUUGAUGUCAAGAAUAACAGUCUCAAUGGACCAAUACCUUCUGCCAUUAGUAUCCUGUCCAAGCUUGUUCUCCUGGAUUUGGGCAACAAUUCUUUUGAAGGUAACAUACCAUCGGUGCUAGGGCGACUGACGGAGCUUCAAUACCUCAGUCUGUUCAACAACAAUCUCAAUGGUACUAUCCCUUGCCAAGUUAGCACUCUUCAAAAAUUGUGGUACUUAGACCUCGGGUGGAACAAAUUAACCUCUCCAGAUUGGUCCCAAUUCUUAGCCAUGCCAUUCUUAAGACACCUCAAUGUAGGAAACAAUUCCCUUAAUUUGGGCUUUCCUGCUUUCUUAAUUGAUUGUUGGAAUUUGACUUUCCUAGACUUGUCAGUGAAUAAUUUGACUGGGACAAUACCAGAAUUAGUUUUUACCAAUCUGGGCCAGCUUCAGUAUCUCAAUCUCACAAAUAAUGCAUUCCAAGGACCAUUGUCACCAAACAUUUCCAUGCUUUCCAGGCUCAUAAACCUCCAUCUAGGAACCAACAAGUUAAAUGGUCCAAUUCCAGAGAGCAUAGGAUUCCUGUCCGAUCUUGAAACUUUGGAAUUGUUUGAAAAUUCAUUCGAAGGGAAGAUUCCAUCUUCUUUAGGACGACUAACAAAGCUCCGGAAACUUGAUCUUUAUUCCAAUGGUUUAAAUUCUACAAUUCCUUCUGAGCUUGGUUCUUGUUCUAACCUCUCCUUUCUGGCCUUAGCGGAAAAUCAACUUAUUGGCGAAUUACCUUUCUCGUUGUCCAAUCUCACUAAAAUCUCCGAGCUGGGUUUGUCUAAUAAUUCUCUCUCGGGUGAGAUCCUGCCAUCUCUCAUUUCGAAUUGGACCAACUUGAUCUCAUUGCAACUCCAACUCAACCUUUUCACUGGGAGGAUUCCACCAGAAAUUGGCUUAUUGACAAAGCUCAAUCUCCUUCAUUUGUUUAACAACAGACUAUCUGGGUCGAUUCCCUCCGAGAUAGGGAACUUGAAAAAUCUAAUAGCGUUAACCCUUUCUCGUAACCAGCUUUCAGGUUCAAUUCCUUUGACAAUAUGGAGUCUAAAAAACCUACAAGUUCUGCAGCUUUUUGGAAAUAAUCUCAAUGGCACAAUUCCAGCAGAGAUCGGUAAUAUGACAUCACUCUCCCAGUUAAACCUCGACUCAAACCAACUCUACGGCGAGUUGCCAGAGACCAUUUCUCGCCUCGCUAAUUUACAAGGCAUUUCAUUGCAUAGUAAUAAUUUCUCAGGGAGAAUUCCUCAAGAUUUUGGGAAAUAUAUUCCUCGGUUGCGUUAUGUUAGCUUUUCCAACAACAGCUUCUCUGGGGAUUUGCCUUCUGAAUUAUGCAGUGGAUUUGCUCUUCAAUUCUUGACCGUUAAUGAUAACAACUUCACAGGGUCAUUGCCAGCUUGCUUGAGAAACUGUAGUGGACUAAUCAGAGUUCGUCUUGAUGCGAACCAAUUUACCAGUAACAUUACAAAUGCAUUCGGAGUUCAUCCAAAUCUUGAGUAUUUUAAUCUGUGCGAUAAUCAAUUCACGGGCGAAAUCUCGCCAGAGUGGGGAGAAUGCAAAAGCCUUUCCAAUCUACAGAUGGACAGGAAUCGAAUUUCUGGUGAAAUACCAACUGAGCUUGGAAAGUUGACUCAGUUGAGGCUGCUAACCCUGAGCUCAAACGAGUUGACUGGGGAAAUUCCUAUAGGGGUAGGAGCUUUAAAACUGUUGUUUAACCUCAAUUUGAGCCAUAAUCAUCUGUCAGGACAGAUCCCUCGGAGUAUAGGUCAUUUAAUGGAGCUUCAAUAUUUAGAUUUGUCAGAGAACAGCUUGACAGGAACAAUACCAGAAGCGCUUGGGAUCUGUAACAGGUUGUUGAGCCUGAACUUGAACCACAACAAUUUAUCUGGUGACAUUCCAAGUGUGCUAGGGAGCUUAAGUCUUCUGCAGUAUUCAUUAGACCUCAGCAGCAAUUCAUUCUCAGGAAAUAUUCCUCCGGAGCUGGGAAAACUUAUUUCACUGGAGAAUCUUAAUGUUUCACAUAACGAUCUCUCCGGUAAAAUCCCAACAUCUAUACUCCAAAUGAUCAGUCUUAGUUCAUUUGAUUUCUCCUAUAAUGAGUUGAUAGGUUCAAUUCCAACUGCUGGCCCAUUCCAGAAUGCAUCGGGAGAAGCCUUUGCUGGAAACUCUGGUUUGUGUGGAAACGUCGAAGGAUUGCCUCCUUGUUAUUCAAUUUCAACCAGAAAAAGGUCCAGAAUGCAUCAUGUGAAGGUGGUUGUUGGUGUAGUUAUUUCUUUCUUUGGCGUAUUGGCAUCAAUUGCCGCAGCAGUUUUUGCAUGUCAUCGCCUAAACAAUCAACCGGAUGAGGAAGCUGAAGGUAGUAAGUUUGAAAGUUCCGAGUUGAUACAGAUAAAAGGAAGAGAUUAUAAAUUUGAUGACCUUGUUAAAGCCACGGAGGACUUCAAUGAAAGGUACUGCAUUGGGAAAGGGGGAUCCGGACGUGUUUACAAAGCAUUAUUGCCUACAGAUCAAGCAGUUGCGGUUAAAAGACUCAAUAUCUCAGACCGCAAUGACAUUCUAGGUACCAAUCGCCAAAGUUUUCAGAAUGAAAUUCGUAUGCUGAGAGAAGUUAGGCACAGAAAUAUCAUCAAGUUAUACGGGCAUCAUUCUCAUAGGGGGCGUAUGUACUUGGUUUAUGAGUAUGCGGAGAGAGGAAGUUUGAGAAGUGUAUUGUAUGGAGCAGAUGGGGAAGUGAAGCUAUGCUGGGCAACAAGGGUUAAACUUGUGCAAGGAUUGGCUCAUGCAAUUGCCUACUUGCAUCAUGACUGCUCUCCACCAAUCAUACACCGAGACAUAUCUUUGAGUAAUGUUUUGCUAGAAGCAGGAUUUGAGCCAAAACUCUCAGAUUUUGGUACUGCAAGGUUGUUGGAUCCAAGUUCAUCCAAUUGGUCGGCAGUAGCUGGAACUUAUGGCUACAUGGCUCCAGAGCUUGCACUCACAAUGCGGCUCACAGAUAAAUCUGAUGUCUACAGCUUUGGAGUAGUGACAUUAGAGGUUAUGAUGGGCAGGCAUCCAGGGGAACUCCUGAGUCCCCUAUCAGAAUCGACUUUGUCAUCAGAAAAUGCAGAAGUGUUUUUGAAGGAUGUGCUAGACCAACGACUCCCGAAUCCCACAGGCUAUAUAGUAGAGGAAGUUGUUUUUGUAGUCAGUUUGGGCUUGCAAUGUACAAAUGUUAAGGCAGAGUCAAGACCCACCAUGCGUUUUGUGGCACAAGAACUAUCAGCAAGAACACAGGCUUGCCAGAGUAAGCCAUUAGGAAAGAUGCCUGUUAGCAAGCUAACUGGAUAUCAGAAAUAGAAUGACGUAAAUCGAAUGAGCAAGCUACAAUUUUUUUUUUUUUUU